UUUCCCUCGCGAGCGGCUUGCAGCGGGCGAGCCAGAGAGAGCGCCUGGGCUCAGCCGCCUGCUCCUCCCACCAGAGACACCCUCCCGCCGCUCCCCGCCGAGCCGCGCCGCUCACACGGCUCCGCCGCGGCGUGCGGGACGCGGGCACAGCGCUCCGCUCCCGCUGCCGGGGAAAGCGCCUCGGCCCGCCGCCGCCGCCUCCGCCCCGUCCAUGGGCCGGUGCCGCUGACCAGCCCCGCCGCCUCCCCGGGCCAUGAGCGGGCUGCGGCGCCUCCGCGGGGGCUGAGCGCGGGGCCGCGCGUCCGUGCAUGCCGGUGGCGGGGCGCGUCCCGCGGCGGGGCAGCCCCGCGCCCCCCGCGCCGCCCCGCAGCCGCCGCCGCCGAGCCGCGAUGCCGGCGGCGGGGCGCGGGCAGCCCGCCUCCUGGCUGCUGGUGCUGGGCGCCGCCGCGCCCGCCCUCUGGCUGCGCUGCGUGCUGGCCGACUUCACGGUGGACAACGAGGUGCACUCCAGCUUCAUCCACCGGCGGCUGCGCGGCCCCGAGCGCCGCGAGAUGCAGCGGGAGAUCCUCUCCAUCCUCGGCCUGCCGCACCGCCCGCGGCCGCACCUCCACGGCAAGCACAACUCGGCCCCCAUGUUCAUGCUGGACCUUUACAAUGCCAUGUCCGUGGAGGAGGGGGCGGCGGGGGCCGCCGCCGAGGACGGCGAGGGCUUCUCUUACCCCUACAAGCCCAUCUUCAGCACCCAGGGGCCGCCUCUGGCCAGCCUGCAGGACAGCAACUUCCUCACCGAAGCUGACAUGGUCAUGAGCUUCGUCAACUUGGUGGAGCAUGACAGAGAGUUUCACCACCAGCGCUGCCACUACCGAGAGUUCAGGUUUGAUCUCUCGCGGAUCCCGGAGGGGGAGGCGGUGACGGCGGCCGAGUUCCGCAUUUACAAGGAUUACAUCCGCGAGCGCUUCGACAACGAGACCUUCCAGAUCAGCGUCUACCAGGUCCUGCAGGAGCACCCGGGAAGGGAUUCAGAUUUGUUCCUGCUGGACUCCAGGACGAUCUGGGCUGCAGAGGAGGGGUGGCUGGUGUUCGACAUCACCGCGACCAGUAACCACUGGGUGGUGAAUCCCCAGCACAACCUGGGCCUGCAGCUCUCCGUGGAAGGCGUUGAUGGGCAAAGCAUCAACCCCAAGCUGGCGGGGCUGAUCGGGAGGCACGGCCCCCAGAACAAGCAGCCCUUCACCGUGGCCUUCUUCAAGGCCACCGAGGUGCACCUGCGCAGCAUCCGCUCCACGGGGGGCAAGCAGAGGAGCCAGAACAGGUCCAAGACACCAAAGAACCAGGAGGCAUUCCGGGUCUCCAACAUUGCAGAGAACAGCAGCAGUGACCAGCGACAGGCCUGCAAGAAACACGAGCUCUACGUCAGCUUCAGGGACCUGGGGUGGCAGGACUGGAUCAUCGCUCCGGAGGGCUACGCUGCCUAUUACUGUGAAGGAGAAUGUGCUUUCCCCCUGAACUCCUACAUGAAUGCUACCAACCAUGCCAUUGUACAGACACUGGUUCACUUUAUAAACCCAGAGACUGUGCCGAAACCCUGCUGUGCUCCUACACAACUCAACGCCAUCUCAGUGCUCUAUUUUGAUGACAGCUCCAAUGUUAUCUUAAAAAAAUACAGGAACAUGGUGGUACGAGCAUGUGGCUGCCACUAGAUUUGUAGGACAGAGAAAAGAAAAAAAGUUAUUUGUAAAGAGUGGGUUUGUGUGGCUGUGUGGGGUUGGGGGAAAUGUUGGUGCUCCAGCCAUGGGUUUAAAAAAGUCCCAAACCAUUUUAGGACCAGGCCUCUGAAAGUUCAGACAAUGGAACAGUUUCUGGAUCUAAAGAGGCAUUUGAACACAUUUUGUUUUAGUUUAUUACAGACAAUGAGCUUGUAAACUGAAACAAGCCAGAGAAACCGUUUAAAACCAAAUCUGCUUACAAAAUUGGCUCCUACAGUACAUACUUUUGCAAAUGAGUCUUUCUGGAGAUUGCAAACUCACCAGUGUUGAUUGUGAGUAAAACAGUAAUAAUCUAGCCAAGGUGAGACUGUGCUGUGACUAAUAAGUGUGUGUAGUUCCUGUAACACGGUUUGCAAUAAAAUAAGUGAACAAAAUAUA